AUGGCUGAUCAACCAGAGUUCUCUGCCUGGAAGCUUCCUGCUCAUACUGAAGAGGCUUCUCUACUCGACCUCGAAUACCUAAAAGGCCGUGUCUCAUGGAUUCGAAAUGAACUGGAUCCUCUUGUCGCUCGGGACGGACCACAUACCCUAGGCCCAGACACUGUUGUUGUCCUAUUCAAAUUCUUCGAACAGCUACGCACAUCUUACUUAAGCCUCGAAAGCAUUCGAGGCUCUCGCAUACAUCUAGCUCUCAUCGACAUUGCUAGGCGCGCUACUCGAUGGCCAAACAGGCUUAUUGAAGAAGCCGAAGAAAUCAUCCUCAAAUGGGAGUCCGAGUGGGGUCCGCUCUCAAAUAUCAGAACCAAUCUUUACGACACUGGUGGAAGGCUGCAUGGCAUCAGCACUCCCGAGGAUGUUCAACGAGAGUUACUACUCGCCAAAUGGUCUCGUAAGGAGACUGCAUGGGUUGAUCCAAACUUCUCAAGGCGGAAUGGAGGUCUUGGGUUUCAACCGGGAGAUUGGUGGAUCAACACCAUGUUUGCAUAUCAUGACGGCAUCAUUGCCGACGCUUCAUCAAAUAGUGGUGUCACCACCUGCUACACACAAGCAUAUGCCUUGCUUCUAGCAGAUGGUGAUGAACUUGAUUGUUCAGAUCCGGCACACUUCACAUACCGCUCAACUCGAGGAGAUUCUAGACGAUAUCGCCUCUGCGCCGGAACGCUUGCCUCCAGACGACCAAUUCGCGUGCUUCGAAGUCACACUCUGCGCAGCUUUUUCGCUCCUCGUGCUGGGAUUAGGUACGACGGGCUUUACAAGGUCUCUGGUUGGCGGAUCACACAGGAUCCGAAGACCAAGGCAAUCCACUAUGAUAUCUCAUUUGAUCGUUUACCCUCAGAGCCGCCUAUUGGUCCAGCGCUAGAACAUCCAAAUAUGGAAGAGCUGGAUGACUAUCGCGAAUACAAACGCAUCCGCAAAGAAAUCCGCCAGCAUCGUAACCCUUUACGCCAUGGUCUGCGGUUCGGUGCGCCUGAUACUAGUGUCCCUUUUGCUCGGGACCGUAUGUCGAUACCCAAGAAGACGGACAGUAACGAAACUACAAAGACCAUCACAAAGCCGAUUUCAAAGAGAAGAGGUAGCUCAUUACAUAUUCAGACCUCGGCCUCUGAGCCUCGGUCUAACCCACAGACGCCAGUGAAGGUCGAGGAGAAUCCUUUCUUUUCCAGCCCAAGUCCUGAUGACAAUCCUUUCUUUUCUGGAGGUCUGGACUCGCAGACAGGUCUGGGCAAGAUCAACACGUUGCGACCUGAUAUCAUCGACUACGCGCCUGUACUCCAUGCUGCUUCAGCUGCUGGCGCAGCUAUCGAUCCGUUCUUUGCGAGUGCUCUCGAGCAGCAAGCAGCAAAAAGGGCAGCUGCUUUUAAGUUGAGUACUGGCCCAUUGACUUCACCACCAUCAGCAAAAUCAGCAAACCCUAGGAGUCUUGGUCUUGGUGGAAGGAAACCGAUAAUAGGGUUCAUCAGUACAAUUAGCGAAGCAGACGAGUCAAAAGGUGGUCCACUACUGAGGCGGGACUCACAAAGUCCAGUAUUGUCUCGUGACUGA